AGCACCUGGGAAGACGGUACGGUCAAAAUGGAGGUCAUCGGAACGAAAAGACGGCGCGCACCUGCGAGGGCGAGAAAUAGCCUCCGAGACGACCGACAGAGAAUGUAGUUCAUCGUACGCACAAUUCCUGGCACCGUUGCAGGUGACCAACCUCGGAGAAAACACAUCCCACCCCCGGUCGCGACAGCCCUGCAUUGAUCCACGGAGUCCCUGUGCCAAGGUGCCAUUCCCGCUGGAGGAUCGUCAGGGCAGAAAGUGCCCUCUCGAAAGAGAGAUCAACGUUGUGCCUUGUCGAGGGUUCCGGAAAAGAGCCUUCGAGAGGAGCAUCAGUGCAUAGCUCAAUAAAGUUCCUCGCCAUGCCAGACCAGGACUUCAAGCGCUCUCCAUCGAGAGACCCCUGUUCUCCAGCAGAAGGCCUGGUAGAGAAACACGCUUCCCACAAACAACAUGACGCUCCACGUUCACAGCACAGACUCACUGUUGACUUCUUGAAGACAGGGGUUGACAUGGACGGUGACUGCGGGUAUACGGACGCGAUACCUGCAUGGUUCGACAGGGAGAAACAUGAAAGAGCACGGGAAAUAUUCAGGGAACACUUCUUCAGUUUUUUCUUCUGUCACCUGAUGGGCUUAGCCAUGGCGGUCAUGCACUCCUCCCUCUUGAAGCCACUCUUGCACACUGGCCAAUCCAGCAGUUUGCCCUCUCUGUACCGUCGUUACCUGAACACGCUGCGCAAGGUGAAACUGUGGUACGAAGGUGACAUAUGGACCCCUGGUGACCCCGCCUUCUGCAGCAUCGCCAGUGUGCGACGAAUGCACAACGCUGUCGCUCUGCAACUCAACGGUGCCACCAAAGGAUGUCCGGUAACUGGUGCUGUGUACCUCUCGCAACUAGACAUGGUCAUCACGCAGUUUGCGUUCAUUGGGUUAGCUGCGAUUCAUCCGCACCGCAUCGGACUCUUUUUAAGUGACGAAGACUUCGAAUGUGUACUUCACUUCUGGAGAGGCGUAGGGUACAAACUAGGGAUUCACGAUAAGUACAACCUGUGUUCGGGAUCACUCAAAGACACCAUCCAGACAUGCCUGGAGGUGCAAGAACAAAUUAUGAAGCCCGCACUCGUGAAUGCGUCAGAAGAAGGGAUCGCUAUGAGUAAGAAUAUUAUCAUGGCGGUUAGAGUUCUAGUGGUGUUCCUGAGCUAUGAGGGCAUGAUGAAGUUUUGGACGUCAAUUUUUGGUCUCAAAUUGAACGCCAUGCUAUCGCUUUAUGACUGGUGGAGCUACUUGCUAAUGAAAUUGACGUUUGCGGUUCUGCUGAGAUACAAGUUCUUCAGGGACAUCUUCAAUUACCUACUUCGGAUAGCGAUAAAAAGGGGAGUGAAAUUGGGGGAUCAUUUGCAGGGACAGUUGCAACGCUACAAGCUUGCAGAAAAAGAGUACAAUCUUGGGUGUUCGUACAGGAGCGACCAUUAAGCCGCGAUGCAUGAAUUGUACAGAAUGCAUUUUGAGUCUUAGAAAAACAUUAGUGCUCCUGGAACAAGACCCAUAUAGCCAAAGAUAACUUGAAUGACGCACGUGCAGGAUAUAGAAUAGGUAGAGCGUAGGCGCAAUUCAUGUGAAACGCAUCCAGCGUUCGUGACUUCACGUUUAUUAGUUACCAAUAGAGAAGAAUAUCCACCAAUUGAAAAAUCCAUACAUGACGCAUGUGUAAAUACUCAUAGGGAUAAAGAUGUCUCGGGCUACUCAGACGUCUGAGUCGUGCGACAAUGUAUAUAACAAACUUUUUGUACUUGUAUAUAUGCGCUUACCAAUGCGCAGUUGCUGUGACUUAUGUGGUUACUGUGAAAUAAAUGCUCAUUGUAAUACG